AUGGGAGCUUUCCAAGGAGCUGUGGACGUCGGUGCACAUGCGAUCGAGACUGAUUUGCACUUGACCAAAGAUGGGGUUGUCGUACUUGUACAUGAUCCGUCCCUCAAACGAUGUUUUGGCAUAGAUAAAAAGGUUUCGGAGUGUGACUGGGGCUACUUGAGUACGUUGAGGACUAUCAGGGAGCCACAGCAAUCAAUCCCGAGGUUGCAAGAUCUGCUAGAGUAUCUAGGGCAACCUGGUUUAGAGUCAGUGUGGGUGUUGUUGGAUAUCAAAAUCGACGAUGAUCCGGACGUCUUACUGAGCACCACAGUCAAAACGAUUGAAUCUGUGCCGACGACACGAGCCUGGAAAGAGAGAGUAGUCCUCGGUUGCUGGAAUGAAAAUUACAUCAACGUAGCCAAAUCCUACUUCCCCUCCUACCGAUUCGCCUACAUCGGCUUCUCCCUCCCUUACGCCUCCCGUUUCCUCUCCGAAGCCCACUCCGAAGUCGACUUCAACCUCAUGCAGCACAUGCUCGUCGGUCCCAUCGGCGCCCGCUUCAUCAGCAAGAUCCGCAAGGCGCAACGGAAGCUCUACAUCUGGACGGUUAACGAGGAACGGUGGAUGGAAUGGGGGAUACGGAAGGGGGUGGAUGGGGUCAUCACGGAUGAUCCAAAGUUGUUUUUGGAGGGGAGGAGAAUUGAAGAAUGUCAAGAUGCAUGUGAAUGCGUUCAUGCUGCAGAUCUUGGCGGUUAUGUUUAUUUGGGUUUAUUGGCCAAGGUUGGCAACGAAGGGAAAGAGGAAACAGGAUAAGGAAGGGCCUACGACGGUGGUAUGAAUAAAGCGUGGCUGAUGAACAAGUGGUGGCGUUUGGGGAGACGAGGUAAUGAUUAAUGGGG